AAUAGUUUUCUAUGUGACACCCUAACCGUAGAAGAAGAAAACUGCUAGGCUACCUAGCAAGCUAGCAGUUGCAAAUUAUUCGUUUUUAUUGUUUCGAGAGGAAAAAUGCUUCUGCAGUCUGUUCGACCGUGGCUGCUCCGCUAUAGUGGACUCCCUCUGGCCUGCACAAGAACUUACUACGCCGACAGAGUCGCACGUCUCGGCUCUCAGCCCGACAAGCAGUCCUCCGACUAUCAGGAAAAUUAUGAGCGGAUGAAAGCACUCGUGGAUGAACUGAAAAGCCGGACAGAGAAGAUUAAAUUGGGUGGGGGAGAAAAAGCCAGAAGACUUCAUACUUCUCGGGGGAAACUUUUGCCUCGAGAGCGCAUCGACAGACUCCUGGAUCCAGGGACUCCUUUCUUAGAAUUCUCCCAGUUUGCAGCUUAUGAGUUGUAUGGAAAAGAAGAGGUCCCAGCAGGCGGUAUAAUUACCGGGAUCGGACGGGUUUCUGGGGUGGAAUGUGUUGUAGUUGCAAAUGACGCCACUGUCAAAGGUGGAACAUACUACCCUGUGACGGUGAAGAAGCACCUUCGAGCUCAAGAAAUAGCCCAGCAGAACCACCUACCUUGCAUUUAUCUGGUGGACUCUGGAGGAGCUAAUCUUCCCAGACAGGCUGACGUCUUCCCAGACAGAGAUCACUUUGGUCGCAUUUUCUACAACCAGGCUAGGCUGUCUUCGGAGGGAAUAGCACAGAUUGCUGUGGUGAUGGGCUCGUGCACAGCUGGAGGAGCGUACGUUCCCGCCAUGGCGGACGAGAGUGUCAUUGUGCGGAAGCAAGGAACCAUCUUCCUCGGUGGACCUCCUCUGGUCAAAGCUGCAACUGGAGAAGAAGUUUCAGCCGAAGAUCUCGGGGGUGCUGAUCUCCACUGCAAGAAAUCUGGAGUGACCGACCACUAUGCCUUAGACGAUAACCACGCUCUUCACUUAGCAAGAAAGGCCGUUCGAAGCCUCAACUACAAGAAGGACGUGCAGGUGACGGUGGAGCCCACAGAAGCCCCUCUUUAUCCUGCUGAUGAGCUCUACGGCAUCGUGGGGGAUAACUUGAAGCGUAACUUUGACAUAAGAGAGGUUAUCGCCAGAAUUGUCGACGGCAGUAAAUUCGAUGAGUUCAAGGCCUUUUAUGGAGACACGCUUAUAACCGGAUUUUCAAGAAUAUUUGGCUACCCUGUGGGAAUCAUCGGUAACAAUGGAGUUUUGUUUUCAGAGUCUGCGAAAAAGGGGACGCAUUUUAUUGAAUUAUGCUGCCAACGCAACAUUCCACUUGUUUUCCUUCAGAACAUCACAGGCUUCAUGGUUGGGAGAGAGUAUGAAGCCGGAGGCAUCGCCAAAGAUGGAGCCAAGAUGGUUACCGCUGUCGCCUGUGCAAACGUGCCCAAAAUCACUGUCAUCAUUGGAGGCUCUUACGGAGCCGGCAACUAUGGCAUGUGUGGAAGAGCGUACAGCCCGCGGUUCCUGUACAUGUGGCCAAACUCCAGGAUCUCCGUGAUGGGGGGGGAGCAGGCAGCUACAGUCCUCGCCACCAUCACUAAAGAUCAGAGGGCACGCGAGGGAAAAGAGUUCACAGCAGAACAAGAAGCUGCCAUGAAGGAGCCCAUUGUGCGCCGCUUCGAAGAAGAGGGAAGUCCGUACUACUCCAGUGCCAGGCUGUGGGACGACGGCAUCAUCGACCCAGCCGACACCCGCCUGGUUUUGGGCCUGAGCCUCAGCGCCGCUCUCAACGCUCCCACUAAGAAGACUCACUUUGGAGUUUUCCGGAUGUAGUUUUUUUUCCCCUCAGGUGUACUCUGUUUGUAUCCACCUUUGUAGUUUUAUUUGAGAUUUAGUUGAACAAAGCAUUAGAGGAAGAAGAGGAUUUCCACUGUAAAGCUGUGCCUUAUCUGUAUAUUUAUCACAAUCUGUAAACAGAACUUUAAAAAAAACUUUUUUGUUGUUGUUUUUGUGGGUCUAAUAGUGUUUUUUCAUUAGAGGGCACUGUUUAGUCAAAAAUAAAAGUUUAUGCUCAGAUGCUGGUAACAGUUCUGUCAUUCUGAUCCGAUCUGCUGAUCCUUUUUUAGGUAAAACGCUUUAAUUUAAGGUGUAAUUUCAUGCUAUGUAAUUGAGAGUCACCAGCUGCCCUCUCAUCCUUCAGGUUUACCAAAAAAAAACCUCUUCUCACAUCUCUGCAUAGACGAUUUCACCCUGAUGACCAGCUUCCUCCUCCCUCCUCAGGACCCCAGGGGGCAGAAAUGUGAUGCAGCUGAGGAUUUACAUGUUUGUCUGACGCCAACUGCUUAAAGUGCUUAACUGGAAGCCCUUCAUGCUCCUGAGUGAAUGACAGCGAGGCUGUGCAGCCGAGGCUCACCUCGGGGAGAGCAGAAAUAACUCGGGGCAUGAUCUGCACCGAGGAUGUUUGUGUGUUUGCACCGCCCACACAUCUCCAACCAAAACUGCUCUGCUGGAUGUGCCUGCAUCCUCCUGGCCCUGUGAGAUCAACACCAAACACAGACACUCUUUUUUUAAAUGUAUUUUUUAUUCAGAUGUAGCGAAGGAACCACACUUUUAAAAACAAGAUGCUUCCUCGAUGUCAGAUUCAAGUUUAAUGAGACAAAUCCAGCAGAGGAAUGUGGCCGAGUGUUAAUUGAAAAUGAUUCACUGGAAGGCUUUCCUGCUCUUUGACAUCAUGUUUUUGAUUUAAAAUGCUGAAGUAACAAAUUAUCUCACCAAAAUAAAAGACUUCUUAAUCGUC